AUGAUAUCAGAUGAUGAAGAGAUUGCUGCUGAAAAGCAAUUGGCACGCCUAUCCAAGGAAUGGACUGCUGGUGUUUAUGGGUUCUUCAAGCCUGAUCCCAUCAUUGAGUAUGCAGGUGGACGACGUGCUCACACCUUCAUCUGUGCGGCAACUCAUUGCCGUGGUGCCACGUGA